AUUACGCGCAAUUGGAAUCUCUCUCUCUCUCUCCUGGAAAGCCAUCUCUAUUUCGAUUUUCUGAAGCGGUGUUUUUCGCGGGUCUCUGCAACUGCCUUCCGAGGUAUGUCAAUGGCGAUCCAGCGCUUCUAUUGUGCAGCAUUCACUCUCGGGGCGGGAUUCUGCUUCCUCGCGAUUUGGCCGCCAUGGUCGAUAUCCUCUGAGUUCUUCUGCAAAUUAUUUGACUGAAGCCCCACUGCCCAUUGCCCCGAUCUCACCUUUCUUAAUCGGGGUUAGCUUUUACGCGUUCUAAGUGGGCACCAAUGAAUGCCCCAAUGAUGGAAAUAAUUUGGUUUAGGACAUACCGAUCGCUUGUUUGGCCAAGUCUCUGGAUCAUGAACUUUUGAUUUAGCUGCAAAGUAUUUGCUUAAGAACAUAGCUUCGAUUCUUUAUGUUGUUGGAUCGUUCCAUAAUCAUCUCAGUACUUAAGCAAUUGCCGCACCAUAACAAGAGCAAUCAACUGUCUCCAUGUAAAGAAAUGCAUGACGGUGUCCACUCUGCGCAACCGGUAAGAAUCUAUCUGCAUCCAAUGUUUGCCGCAGCAUGUGUUACCAGAGUUUGCAAACUGUUGAUACAUCUGUUUCUGUGCACAUUUUUUCUAAACCUCGUUCCCAUAAAUGAUUCAUGGGAGAAAUGUGCACCUGAAGCUGGAACAAUUUUGCUUUUCUACGAAAAACUAAAAUCGCGUAAAGAGCAAGCCCAUAAUCGACUACCAGAUGAUGCUUGCAAUUACUUGAAAGACAAAUGACAUGACUUGCUUUGGAAUUCGAAGGUGGUGCUUUUCGGUACUUCUGCCUUACUGCUUUGCUAAACUAUGUGAGAAAUGCUGCUGUUUCAGGACCAUCAAGGCCUCUUGAUUUGUUUCUGUGAGAAGUAUCAGCAUGUUGCGGCCACAACUCAAGUGGAAAACAGAAAGUAUAUUUCUUAACUGCACGAGGCCAAUGGUAUCCAAGUUGAGAAGUUCAAUUGGUGAAGGUUGAAAAUGUCCAAGAAGGCUACAGCUGUCUAAAAAUUUUAUUAGCAUACAUGGUGAACCAUGACUGUCGCAUUUGAAACGCCACAGCAAUACUGAAGGUGACUGCUUCGUGUACUGGUGUGCUUGUAUAUGUGAAUAGAUUAUGGACCAUGGUGGUUCGAUUGAUCCAUUUUAUGGGUUUGCAAAAAGUUGGAAUAAUUGAUACAAGGAAGCAUGGCGUGUUGGCCAAAAAAUUCAUGGCUGGUUGGUGUGCAAAUUAUGGAAAUUUUAUGUGGAACAGCACAUAGGUUCUUGGUGACAGCUGGGAAAGGACGUCUGGUUCUGGCUAAAUAUGAGGUUAAAUUCUUUCAGGGAAAAAGCGUGGGUUUUGGCUAAACGCAACGAUAAAGAUUAUGCUAUCAGGAUUCUGGCAAGAUGUCUACUGACCCAAAUGUUCAGUUUCUUGGAAGGAUAGACUUGCUUGUAUCUGGUUCCGGAAUCGUUAGACGAGAGUCCACGAAUUUGGGUAGCUUAGAGCUUGCGUGGUCUUCUUGAGGUUAUGAUCAGGAAGGAGUAAGAACAUGGAAAUAACAGCAACAUGGGGCUGAUUAUCAGAUAUCAAUUGAACCUCACAGAGUUGGUUAAAUGUUGCUCCAAAUGUUUGCUUCAAAAAUCUUGGUUAUCUUUUCCUGGAAAAGUGUGUCAUCAGCAAAACAUGGAAGCAUAAAAUAGUGAACAUCUCUCAGUUAACUGUAUUACUCGUAGCAGUUGUGGUUAUUUUCUUCCAAUUUUAUCGGAUGUCUCCUAGGAGACAGUUGAUAAUGAACAUCUCUCAGUUAACUGUAUUACUCGUAGCAGUUGAGGCUACUUUCUUCCAAUUUUAUCGGAUGUCUCCUAGGAGACCGUUGAGGUUACUUUCUUGACAGCUUGAUGAUAAAACAGAGCUUGAUUAAAAGAAACUAGUGGUCACUUUGUCCAAAAUGUGUAUAAGUUUCAAUUUUAAUUUCUACAAAUCCAAUGUCUCAUUGAAACACACAGGAUGCUACAUGUUCGACAGGCAGAGCAAUUAUGCUUGGUUUCUUUGGUUUUACCUAACUUGCGGAAGCUAUCUUUCUGUAUGGGAUACGUCUUAUGGUUUCAGAUGGUUAUACUAUAGUCUGAUAUUUCUGUGCUAUGAAUAAUCAAGAAGCCUUUCAAAAUGAAACCGACUUGAUCAGUUUGGUGGUAGAUGAUGGUCGAAAAAAUCCUAUAUGUUUUGAUAGCAUUAUUGUAAGCGGUGAACGAUGAAGGGCGGAUGAAAGUUGAUGAUUCUUAAAGUUGAUUAAUGCGUUAUGACUGGAUUAGUUCAUGUGAUGUUUUUUCCGAGUUGGAAUAAUUAAACAGAGAAGCAUGGUGAUUUCCGAAAACUCAUGGUUGGUUUGUAUGCAAAUUGAGGAUUUUUUUUUGUGGGAUAACAAAUUGGUUCUUGUUGAAAGCUGCAAAAGGAUGUCUGUUUUUGGCUAAAUACGAGGAAAAUUCUUUCUGGGGAAGACACGGGUUUUGGGUAAACUUGAUGAUAAAGUUUUCUGCUAGCAGGAACUAUGGUAAGAUGUGUACUCAUUCAAAUGUAAAGCUUCUUGGAAGAUUGCUUUGUAUCUAGUUCCGGACUCGUUAAUUGGGAGUCCAUUCAGCUACCUUAGAGCUUGCGUGGUCUUCUUUGAGGUUAUGGACGAUUAGGGAGGAAUAAAAACGUGGAAAUGAAAGCAACAUGGGGCGGAUUAUCAGAUGCCCAACUGAACGUUGCAGAAUUGGUUAAAUGUUGCACGAGAUGUUUGAUUUACAAAUCUUGAUUCUCUUUCUAAGAAAGUGUGUUCAUCAGCAAAAAUGGGAAAUAGAAAGAAUAACAUCUCUCCCGGUGUGUCGCCUAGGCGCUACUCCACCUUCAUCGCCUAAAUUCACCAUUCAGGUGAUGCGCCUAGACUCACGCCUAAUCGUGUCUCGGCAAAAAUAGUUGUGCCUGCACCUACUCUACAGAUGUCAAAGAGACAAUGACUCAGCGACGUUCUUAAAGACUCUUCAGAAAAGUUAAAUAUGCUAGACUGGUGUGGUGUUAAUGUUUAAGUUAUGGAAGCGAAAGAAAGAGUCCUUCACCUCUUCCUUCAACGUGGAAACGACUAUUUGAGCAAGCAAAGACCCAUAUGUCAUUCAUAUUCAACUUCAGCCUUUGUUACAGUUUGUUGUUACAGAUCAUAUAACAUCGACUGCCAUAGAUUGUUGUUAUAUAUCACUAUUAGUCACGUUAUAUAACUUAAUAUAUACAAUCGUUGUUUUUCACACUUUUUAACAUAUAUAUUAAGUUUAUAUAAUAUUGACUGUAGGUGAUAAAAAAAAAACUUUUUCAAAGGAAACUAGUGGUCAAUUUGUCCAAAGCGCAUGUAACUAUGGUUGGUUUCUUUGGUUUUUCGUAACUUGUGAAGUCUAUUUUUUCUGUUUGGAUAUUUUCAGGAUGGAAAUAAUUUGGUUUAGGACAUACCGGUAAGUUUGAUGUAUUCAAGAAUUGCCUUAUUCUUUCUUCUCUUUAUGAGCUAGUGAAUGUUAAUUUAUAUUUUGCAUCAUUUUUUGGAUAUUUUACAACUAUUGUGGUCUCCCUAGUGUAUACACUUAUUGUUUGGAAUUACUGUAUAUCGCUCUGAUUUGUGAAAGAAAUUCAAAUUAACAAUAAUUUUAUUAAUUCAAAACAAUUUGAGUCAAAACAUGUUUGCAUGUGAUAAAGUUGUGGUUGCUGUAUAUCGUGUAAAUCAUGAUCAUGUGGGUUGUUGCAUACGUUGUUCAUUAGAAGUCAUUACUAUCGUUUUGCUUUUAUCUGAACCGAGGAUUUAAACUGGACACAAAUUUCAUAUGGCUUGUUUGGCCAAGUCUCUGGAUCAUGAACUUUUGAUUUAGCUGCAAAGUAUUUAAGAACAUAGCUUCGAUUAUUUAUAUUGUUGGAUCGUUCCAUACUCAUCUCAGUAUUUAAGCAAUUGCCGCACCAUAACAAGAGCAAUCAACUGUCUCCAUGUAAAGAAAUGCAUGACAGUGUCCACUCUGCGCGACCGGUAAGAAUCUAUCUGCAUCCAAUGUUUGCCGCAACAUGUGUUACUAGAGUUUGCAAACUGUUGAUACAUCUGUUUCUGUGCACAUUUUCUCUAAACCUCGUUCCCAUAAAUGAUUCAUGGGAGAAAUCUGCACCUGAAGCUGGAACAAUUUUGCUUUUCUACGAAAAACUAAAAUCGCGUAAAGAGCAAGCCCAUAAUCGACUACCAGAUGAUGCUUGCAAUUACUGGAAAGAUAAAUGACAUGACUUUCUUUGGAAUUCGAAGGUGGUGCUUUUCGGUACUUCUGCCUUACUGCUUUGCUAAACUAUGUGAAAAAUGCUGCUGUUUCAGGACAUCAAGGCCACUUGAUUUGUUUCUGUGAGAAGUAUCAGCAUGUUGCGGCCUCAAUUCAAGUGGAAAACGGAAAGUAUAUUUCUUAACUGCACGAGGCCAAUGGUAUCCAAGUUGAGAAGUUCAAUUGGUGAAGGUUGAAAUGUCCAAGAAGGCUACAGCCCAUGUACUGGCGUUGCACAUUGGGACUAGAUCAAGUCUGGGCGUCGACCUAGUGUCCAAGACAAUGUGCUGGUUCUAUGAGGCCAGGAUUGGUCGAUGGCUCCUCCAUCAACGCAGGGUUGGUUUUAUCGAAAAUGCUUGAGAACAGACUCGUGUUGGGAAUAGUUCUGAUGGGACAACACUUGAUACGUGACGAUCACAGGAUCAGUCAAGAGGACUACUUGGAGUACCUGUCAUUCAACAGCAAUGAUCCGAUAGUCGCUGCAAGGUACAAUACUGGCGAUUCCGGUCCCAUGGUGGACUCCAGCUGCAUGGAAACAACCUCCAGUUGUUACAGUUCGGUCUGCAGCGAAGUCGAUGAUGGUGCUCGUGGCGUGGAGCAGUUUCAGUUGUUCUCGGAGGUUGAUGAUGGCACAUAUUGCGUCGAGAGUUUUGGUGUUUUGGAAUUAAAAACCAACUGCAACAAGCGUCCCUACGUGUGUAGAGACAUAAUAGAAUCUCCAUCAAAGAAGCAUUGUGCUAGCAGUUCACCAAAGAAACCAAAGGCAAAGUCAUCCCCCUCCAAGGACCCGCAGAGCAUUGCAGCGAAGAACCGAAGAGAAAGAAUCAGUGAGAGACUGAAGAUAUUGCAGGAUCUAGUGCCAAACGGAUCAAAGGUUGAUUUGGUCACCAUGCUAGAGAAAGCAAUCAACUAUGUCAAAUUUCUCCAACUUCAAGUAAAGGUUUUAGCAACAGAUGAGUUCUGGCCAAGCCAAGGUGGGAAGGUACCUGAGGUAGGGGAAGUGAAGGAAGCUAUCGACGCUAUACUUUCUUCCCAUACGGCAGCAGCCAAAGCAAUGGAAUGUGACAAUUGAACCCAGUACAUCCUUCAAACCAUCAGGCAAACCAAUCAUUUGAGUCUUCUGAUUGUAUGUACUGGCACGGCAACAACUAGAUGCUGGUAGCCACCGUUUCCAUAUCAAUGCCCCACGUUGACAAAGGAACGUAGACAUAAAAUAUGGAAUGUAGGCAAAAAGCCAAAAACUAUUCUUGAUCUAAGGUACUCAAUAAGCGAAUCCAGUUGUCAGCAAAAAUUAUGUAUGAAUUUUGGUGUGCCUCUACACGAUGAAGACAAAUCGCCUCCUGUAUGUU